AUGUUAUUUUCGAUUUUGCUAUGGUACUUAGCAGGUCUGUUGGCUCAGAUACAUGCUAAACCUGCUAUAGAGGGGAGAGACUUGAUUAAGAGACAGGAUGUCAGCAAUAUAUCUUCAGCAGCAGCUACCUCAGCCGAGGCUACUUCGAUAGCGACCUCAGAAGCACCUUCAUCAGUAGUGCAGUCGACAGUGGACACAUCUUCUGCGGUCACUCCUACCUCAUCCCUUUCACCGUCUACUUCGGCUGAGGAAAGUUCCGCAACUCCUGAAUCAUCUUCAGUAGCUCCCAGCUCAGCGUCUCCCUCUUCCUCUCCAUCACCAUCGAUUGAGCCGAGUUCAGCGGUUCCGUCUUCAAGUGCCGAACCAGCGUCCACGUCCACACCUGCAGCUUCAGCCUCCGCAUCACCGCUACCAUCUUCAUCCGUCGAAUCUUCAGUUGCGCCCUCUUCGGUUCUUGAGUCGAGUGUCACUACCAGUGCACCGUCCUCCGCUACUCCUUCAGCUGCUGUUUCAUCGAUACAGCCCGUAACAUUCUCUUCCAGUACGUCUACUUCUGUUCUCCUUUCAUCCGCUACCUCAGCCUCUGCUGGUGCAUCAUCUCCGUUAUCUUCCAUUACAGAUGGAUCAUCAACACCAUCAUCAUCAUUAUCACCAUCCCUAUCUCCAUCAUCAUUAUCAUUAUCACCAUCCCCAUCAUCCUCAUCUCCGAUUAUUGAGACAUCAUCAACCAACCCAUCUUCUUCUUCCUCUUCAGGUCCAGAUUCUGGUUCACCUUCGACUAUCCCGACAUCUUCGGCAUCAGCUGCGACAUCACCGUCUCCUCAAUCCUCAGCACUAGCUUCCUCACCUUCCGCUCAACCUCCGGCAUCGGUAUCUUCCUCGUCUCCUCAACAAACAUCUGCAGUUGUCACUUCUACCAGUGUAGUCACCCCAUCCACCACACCCACAGCAGGCGGGCCGAUAACAGCUACAGCCACACGGGUAUUCACCACUGAGGUGACAGAGACCACUAACGGAGUAGCUACGACGAGGCAAGCAGAAGAAACAGUAGUAGUGGUGGUUACUGCCGGAGGAGGUACGGCGACACAGACUGCCGUACCCACUGAUGGAGGACAGGCCGUAGUUACCGUCACUGCUACUGAUCCAGAGGCGAGUCAAGGAUCAGAUGGUGGUCUAGUCAUCGUCACUGUCACAUCGACUAAUGGAAGUACCAUCGACCAGGCAGGUCAGACUGGUCCCGUGUUAGUGACAAGUACGAUUCACGCCCAGUUGACCGUCGUUGGUGGAUUGACAGUCACAGCCACCAGGACAGCAGGAAGUGGAGGAUCAUUACAAUCUUCCGGCACUCCAAGGUUAUCCUUGGACAUGAUGACAAGAAGCAUGAUAAUGACUUUUUUGGGGAUUGUGUUGGGUUCAAUGAUCGUGUAA